AUGUCUCUGGCAUUGUUUGUUGGAACGGUGCUUUCUUAUCCCCUGUAUCUUGACUCACUCACUAACAAACCCAUCAGAAUCACGCCCGUGGGGAACAAGUAUCUUUCGCUGUCGGAGUUUGUGAGAGACUUUGGGCCGAAUCCGUUCCGAACUGUAAGUGCACUCGAGCCCGGCAACGGAUACAACACAAGGUCGCAGAUCAAUAGGAAUGGAGGAGUCUUUAAGGUCAGGAUUGGAGGGUCGUGGUUGUGUAGAAGGAAAAAGGACCUUACCAAGUGCACGGAAAAGGCGGACUUCUGGAGCAUAUCCAGAGGUGGAGACGGAUUCAUAAUAUCGCAGGAGGGAUACUGCCUUAGCACUGGAGAUGGGGACAAGCUUGGAUUGGAAAGAUGUGACGGAAAGAGCAGGAGCCAUGUCUUUUUCUUCAAGGACAUGGGAGUUGAAGAAUGCCUGGACUCUGUUGAUUUGGAUGCAAGGCCCAGAACAGAGGCGGAGAUGGUGAAGCAGCUUAAACUCAAGAAGAAGCUUAGAGACCUGGGAAAGAAAGACAAGGAUGCAGCACAGAAGAUUAGGGAGAAGCUGGAAGAGAAGAACAACUUCGAGAAGUAUGCGGAAAAGAAUCUUCCUGACCUUAAUGGAAAGGACGACUCAAAGGAGGUGCUCAAGAAGCUAUGGAACUUCGGGUGGAGAAGACCUAGGUUUGGCACAUUUAAGUUUCCAUGGUUUAGCUUCCCAUUCUGCAAGAAACUAUGGUAG